GCGCGCUGCUAUAGAGCUUCAGUACAGAGUCGCACAGAGGAACAGAGGGAGCCUCACAGCAGCCUGUGUGAACACUUCCUUAAACCUUUCAAGAGUUUCUGAAGUCCAAACUCCGGGAGACCCGUGUUUCAAACACCAUACCCGGUACAAACUCGACCAAGCAAGACCCUGCACAGCUUAGCGGAAGAGGAGGCUUAUGUGAGCAGUCACCAUGGCACCCUUCCUGCGUAUCGCCUUCAAUGAUUAUGAUGUUGGCGCUCUGCCUCCUCUGUCUGGACCUCCCAUCUGUGCCAUCAAGGUGAAGGAGUCAGUCAACACAGAGCGAGGAAAGACCUUGGUCCAGAGGAAGCCCACCAUGUAUCCAGCUUGGAAAUCCACUUUUGAUGCUCACAUCUACGAGGGACGGGUCUUAGAGGUGGUCCUCAUGCAGAGUACGGAAGAGCCAUUGGCGAAGGCCACGGUUGGGGUGUCUGUACUGGCUGAGCGCUGUAAGAAGUCAAAGACCAAUAGUCGUGCUGAGUUCUGGGUGGACCUGCAUCCUACAGGGAAGGUCCAAAUGGCUGUCCAGUUUUUCCUGGAAGACACUGACGCAGGGCCUUGUAAGCCAUCAGUGAAGGUUGUUCCUGAGGAUGGAGUUACAACCCUCAACAGGAGGAGAGGAGCGUUCAAGCAGCCUAAAGUUCACAUCAUCAAGAACCAUGAGUUCACAGCCACCUUCUUUGGCCAACCCACCUUCUGCUCCGUCUGCAGAGAGUUCCUCUGGGGUCUCAACAAGCAAGGUUACAAGUGCAGGCAAUGCAAUGCAGCAAUCCACAAGAAAUGCAUCGAAAUCAUCAUUGGCAGGUGCACUGGGACCGCAGCCAACAGUCGAGACACUGUGUUCCAGAAAGAGCGCUUCAACAUUGAUAUGCCACAUCGCUUCAAGCAUUAUAACUACAAGAGCCCCACAUUCUGUGACCACUGUGGCAGUCUUCUGUGGGGUCUCUACAAACAGGGCCUUAAAUGUGAAGAUUGUGGCAUGAAUGUACAUGGCAACUGUAAAAAGAAAGUGGCCAAUCUGUGUGGGAUCAACCAGAAACUACUUGCAGAGGCUCUGUCUCAAGUCACCCAGAAAUCUAGUAUGAGGAAGUCUGACUCUGGUGCAGCAGAUAUUGGGAUCUAUCAAGACAUCAAUAAUGCAACAGUGGACCCUAGUGCAAGCAGAAAUGGAAAGGUAACUGACGGUGUGAGCCCAACCCCAGCCGCACCCACAUCGCCCCGGGUGCGCCUAACUCUCAACCAGCUGGUACUCCACAAGGUGCUGGGAAAAGGCAGCUUUGGCAAGGUGCUGCUGGCAGAGCUGAAGGGGCAGGGGCAGUUCUUUGCAGUGAAGGUUCUGAAGAAGGAUGUGGUUCUCAUGGACGAUGACGUGGAGUGUACCAUGGUGGAAAAGAGAGUUCUGGCCCUUGCUUGGGAGAACCCUUUCCUCACACACCUCUACUCUACAUUCCAGUCUAAAGAGCACCUCUUCUUUGUAAUGGAGUACCUGAAUGGAGGUGACUUGAUGUUUCACAUCCAAGACAAAGGCCGCUUCGAUCUCAACAGAGCCACGUUCUAUGGUGCUGAGAUAAUUGUCGGACUACAGUUCCUCCACUCAAAAGGAAUAAUCUACAGAGAUCUGAAGCUGGACAAUGUGAUGCUGGACAAAGACGGGCACAUUAAGAUAGCAGACUUUGGCAUGUGCAAAGAGAACGUGGUUGGAGAUGCCAGAGCCACCACAUUCUGUGGGACUCCAGACUACAUCGCACCCGAGAUCCUGCUUGGACAGAAGUACACCUUCUCAGUAGACUGGUGGUCUUUUGGUGUGCUGGUGUACGAGAUGCUGAUUGGUCAGUCGCCUUUCCAAGGCGAUGAUGAGGAUGAGCUGUUUGAAUCCAUCAGAUCAGACAGCCCUCACUACCCUCGAUGGAUCACCAAGGAGGCCAAGAGCCUGCUUGAGCUGCUGUUUGAGCGAGAUCCCACACGCAGGUUGGGUGUGGUGGGUGAUAUCCGUACACACCCAUUCUUUAAAAGCAUCAACUGGCCAGCCCUGGAGAAGAGAGGAGUGGAUCCCCCUUUCAAGCCCAAAGUGAAAUCCCCUGGAGACUGCAGCAAUUUUGACAGAGAGUUCCUGAGUGAGAAGCCACGUCUCUCCCACGCCGACAAGAACCUCAUCGACUCCAUGGACCAGACAGCAUUCGCUGGCUUUUCCUUUAUCAACCCCAAACUGGAACAUAUGAUAAGCAAAUAAAAAAAAACUAAAUGACUCCCCCAACAUGGUUGAAAUGGGAUGCAAGCCUAAUUACUGGUUUGUCUUAUGGUCUGAGUUCAACUGGAUGGAGAAAUAGAGCAUUAAAGACUUUGGCCUGACUAUGUCAGAGGAUGAUAAGUUAUGACACCAGGACAUUUGCUGACUGUAUACAGUAGGUGUGCAAGAGAUUAUAAAACUCCAGGAAAUUAAGGGAGAUUCUUCCACAUAACUGAUACUUAAAUCAAUGCUGGGGGUUCAGUGACUUUGAUUUUCUCUUUAUCACUGUUCCUAGUGAUCACAUUUUGAAUCCAUAUAAUCAUCCAAUGUACUGUAUCUGAAAAUUGUAUUCACAGGCAAAACCAUGUAUAUAGACUAGACAUUGCACAUAUAAGUUAUCAGAGUUUAGUGGUACAUAAUGUACUCUCCCCUCAUUUUCUCCUAUAACACCCUACCUGUGAGUGUUUGUGUGUUACCGAAUGCAUACAAAUAUGAGGGUUGUGUGCAGGUAUCCUUUUAGAUGUAAAUGCUGCUACUGUUGUCAGUUUUUGAAUGAAUCCUCUGUUGAUCCCCCUGACAGACAGAUAAAGGCAUCAAAAAAGAAUUGUACCAUAAGAAUAGGGGGAAUUGAAAUCCCUUGGAAGUGACGUUAUGUUAAUACAGAUGUGAAUGGUUUUCAACCUCACUGUCUUCAGAAAUCGCAGGUGCACCAAGAAAACUAAGUGUCACAUACCCUCAAGAGUAAAUCAGAUGUUUUUGUUUAGCACAAGAUGUCUCUUAUUUUUAAGUGCAAUUUGUGUCAAAUGGCUUGCUGUAUAUGUAACUGAAGCAUAACGCACACAAUCAAUUCAUGCAUAAUAUCGUUUGGGCUAUCAUCAGACAUACUGUAAAGUUGCAUAAGGGGUUUGGUACUAAAGCUGAACAUCUAUGUGUUGAAGGAUGUGUUAUUCUGUGUGGGAGGGAUGGGCAUUUCACCGUAAGCAUGGGGUCUUUUAUGUAUUAUAGUACUUGAAUGUAGGAUGUUAUCAUGAAAAUAAUAGAGCUGUAUAUGGAAAAAAUGUAUGUACUCCACCAAGAGCUGUCUGAAUUAUGGGUGUACUUUUUUACUGUCCUCAUCUUUUACUGAUUAUAAAUAAAUGCAUCCUAAGCUCA